AUGGAUGAUCAAAAUCUAGUAAUUGGAAGAGCAGGUGGUCGUAUAAGUAUUGUGGGUGUAGAUGAACAUACUCAUUACUCAUUUGAUGGUCAUGAAAAUGAUGUUAAAGCAAUUCAUUGCUCUAAAGCUAAUCCAAAUCUUUUUUAUAGCGGUUGUGGUGAUGGUUUUUGUAAGAUGUGGGAUUGUCGUACACCGAAUAAAUCUAUUCCACUUGCAAGUUCCUUAACAAAUGAUUAUGCAAUUACACAUAUUGAUUGUGACACUUAUGAUAGAUACAUUGUGAUAACUUCUGGUGGCGUAAAAUUUGAUAUUUUGGAUGUAAGACAAUUUUCUGAGGUUAUUUCAUUUGACAUAAAACAAAAGCACCAAGAACCAAAUUUAUGGGGUGAUAUUCCAACUUUUUAUAAAGGUUAUCAUUUAUUCAUAUGCAAAUUUACUUUACGCCAAUAA